GAAGGAAAUUGGACUUCUCUGACGGUGAAUUUUGCUUAUACUAUGAUAACAAAAACCUCGUGAACGCCCCGGCGCAUACCCCGUGCACAGUGGAAUUGAGAUAAUGCUGGAACACGUGACCUGUCAUAUGUUAAGAUGACGCACAUGAUGAGGUAUUCGUCGUCCGCAGCCACGCUGGCGUUUUUCGUCCUUCUGUUAUGCGACAUGCAGAGUCGCUCUAUCUGGAGUUGGGCAAUGACGCAAGAAAGUUUGGAUACAUCACCAGUUACCAACAGCGGUUUUGCUGCCGACCAUGCACCAUCGGGGACAGCACCAUUGGCCACACCGUCCGAAACCGACCAACAACGAACACGAGUUCCGCUUAUCUUGAAGAGGUCAAAGAGAGCGAGUCCUACUGAAAAGAGUACAGCGUUGCUACGUCGUACGAAAACGCUGACUGCGGCCAAGGUGGCCCUUUUCCUGACAGCUGUCGCGGCGCUACUGCUGGCUUCUGCCAAGCUACAUCAGUGCCGGAAUCAGUUGCUAAAAGACAUCGGUAGAGAAGCCGAAGGAAACACAGGAAGGCGACUUGCAGCAGGCGGCGGGGACGACGAAAAAUGUGGGAGCGGUGCAAUGGCGCGGACAGGUGUUGAAUCGGAUACUGGAUUCCGGGGCGACAUUACGCCUGUCGACCGUCAAGCGUAGGUGUGUGAAAGCACCCCAAGUUGCACCACCAUGGACACGUACGAGAAAAACUUGCAUUACUGGAAUAGAUCAAGAAACCAUCUGUUUUGCCUUAUUGAAAGUGGACGCGUCACGCGUACUUCGGUUAUUCAC